AUGGCGAAGAAGAGGAACCACAAGCCCACAGCCCCUUCCCCCAAACACUCACCACCCCCACAAAUCGACCACGACGCCCCUCCGUCCCCCUCAACCACAACCAAAAUCCAGCCAAAUCUGGCUGUGGCUUCUCCGAAUAAGGAAAAUUCUGAGCAGAUCCACCCUCACCCCUCUUCGGCUGAUGCAGCGGCGGUUGUCUCUGUCUCUCUCCCGAAUGUUGCAGCGGAGAUUGCCUCCGAUGCUUCUCCCUUCCACGCCGACGACUUUCCUCCGCUCCCAGGUACUUCCUCUAGCUCCGGUGAACGGAAAUCUGCUGCUAGAUUAGCUCCUGCCCCGCCAUCAGUAGCAGUUGCUAGGCCUAGCGCACAAUCCAAGUCGGCACCUAAGUCUUGCUCUGCUGGGCCAUCCUCUGUUGAUACACAGUCUACUCCUAGCCUUAACUUUCCCUGGGCCAAUCGGCUUCGAAAAUCCUCACGGAACCUCUCGCGACUUGUCACACCUACUUACACAGAAAAUGGUACCCCUAGAAUCAAGGUGCCCAGCUCAGUCUUCCGUGAAGCCUCCAAAGCUUGGACGGGAUAUUUGGUUGGCCAGUUCUACGGUAUCUCGCCCAACCCAUCGAAAAUUUUCCAAGCCCUCAAUCCGAUAUGGGGUAGGAAAUCUCGUAUUACUGUUCGCCGCAUCAGCGACUCCGCCUGCUUAUUCUUCAUCCCGGAUCUCGCAACUAGAGAAUGGGCGCUUGAGGUCGGCCUUUGGCGGGUUGCGGAUGUCAUGUUCGCCCUCACUGAAUGGAAUCCGACAUCAACUUUGCGUAAACCAACCCUUAAGUCAGCUCCAGUAUGGGUCACGCUGCGAAAUAUCCCACCUGAGAUGUUUUCUCUGCAAGGUAUCAGCUACAUUGCGAGUGGCCUUGGGGAACCUCUCCACACCGAAAGAAUGCGACUAGAUCCAAUGACCAUCGGUGAAGCAAAGGUCAAAGUUGAGAUUCAGCUUGGGGCUCCUCUCCCGGCAAAGGUAGAGGUUGAAGAUGAUGUCGGUGAGGUCAGUACGAUAGAGGUUAUUUAUGCAUGGAUCCCUCCUCGUUGUGAUGGCUGCAAAGAAUUUGGUCACAAACUUCACGCAUGUCCUUUCAAGUCUGCUCCAUCAGCCAUUUCGGAGCAAGCAGAGGACACUCAUCAGGCUCCGUCUGCCUCGGCAGCACUAGGUCAUCAGACCACCGAUCCAAAAUUUGUUGGACAGGGGGCUUCCACCACACCAGCCUCACAACCCACACCCACCAAGCCGUCACCUGAAAACCCUUCUCCGCCUCCCCCUAUUCCCUCACAAAAUCAAACCCCGCCCUCCAAUCUUACACCACCGCCCACACAAAAACCACCCACGCCAAAUCAGCCUGAUCUACCACAUGAACCUCUUAGUACUGCAGAUGCUAGGCCAACACAGAAGGCCAGAUUCUCUUUUGACUCGGAGGAUCUCUUAGUUGCAGAAGCUCAGAGGAUCCUGCGAUCCAGAUCAACCGUCAUCAACCUUUCCCAACAGCCUUCUAUGAAGAUAUUUUGUUGGAAUGUGCGUGGCCUAAAUGGCACUUGUAAGCAGCGGAAUGUUAAGAACUGGAUUGAAUCACACAGACCUCUCAUUGGUGGGAUUGUGGAAACCCGGAUACGAGAGGAGUUAGAAGCCCGUCGAGUUGCGCAAUCGUUAUUCCCGGGCUGGUCGAUCAUCAGUAACUACUCUUCUGCUAUUUUGGGAAGAAUUUUGAUAGCAUGGGAUCCGGCAUUGUCCGUUGUGGUGUAUUCCUCAACAGCCCAAAUAAUAACUUGUGGAGUUUACGAACUUUCCUCUGGCAGAUAUGUCACCAUCUCUUUUGUCUACGGUAGAAACACGUCGAUCGAGCGAAGAGAACUUUGGGAUGAAAUUUCGCAGAUUGCGUGCAACAGUUUGGUUGAGCACAACCCUUGGCUUUUGUUGGGGGAUUUCAACCAAAUUCUCCAGCCGGCUGAUCACUUCUCGGAUAAGUACCCCUUCAAUCCUCACUCUGGUAUGUAUGACUUCCAAAACUGUCUUGGCACUAGUGGUCUCUUUGAUCUUAAUGGAAGGGGGGAACACUUCACUUGGUCCAACAACAACUCUGACAGCCUUAUCUUGCGGAAGCUCGAUAGAGCUAUCGUAAAUGAAAAGUGGUUGCUCAGUUUUCCGGACUCAUUUGCCCUAUACGAACCUCCGGCGCCCUCCGAUCAUUGCCCAUGCAUUGUCUCUAUCCCCCCAAACUCUCAGCUUAUGCGCAGAUCUAGCUUCAAGUUUCUCCAUUGCCUGAUGCAACAUCCAGACUUCACCUCUAUCGUCCGUAGGGAAUGGCCUAACGGUGAUACACAAGGCUCAUGUAUGUUCCGCCUUGUCACCAAGCUCAAGUACCUAAAAGGACAUCUGCGAGCGCUAAAACGCUCAUCUUACAACAACCUUCAACAGCGCACUGAGGAGGCACUGGACAACCUGAAAGCGGCGCAAGCCGCCCUUUUUCUCAACCCCUCUCACGAGGCUGUGCAUUUGGAGGCUGACCUCCGUGCAUCUUGGUCAUCCUUGGCAUCAGCGGAAGAAUCCUUCCUCCGCCAAAAAUCUCGUAUUCGUUGGCUCAAGGAGGGAGACCAAAAUACGAGAUUUUUUCAUCGGGUUUCGGUGGCAAGGCAAGCUUCUAACGCUAUUCGCUUUCUUGUGACUGAUGCAGGAACAAAAGUCUAUGAUGUUCCCACUAUGAAACAAAUGGCGGUUGAUCAUUUUAAGCAAAUCCUGGGGAGCUGCGAUGAGUCCUUAGUUGGCUGGUCUAUCCAACAAGCUAAGGAGAUUCUUGACUACCGUUGCCCGGAACUUAUGGGGUGCCUCCUAACAGCGAUCCCAUCGGAUGAAGACAUCAAGGCGGAGGUCUUCAACCUACCCAAAAGCAAAGCUCCGGGGCCUGAUGAAUAUUCAGCGGAGUUUUUCACCUCUUGUUGGGAGACCAUUGGUGCGGACCUUAUAGCUGCCAUUCAAGAAUUCUUUUGCUCGGGGAAGUUACUACGGCAGUGGAAUGCCACCCUGAUUACCCUAAUCCCGAAGUCUAGGAAAGCGGAUCAGCUGAAAGAUUUUCGGCCAAUUGCUUGCUGCAAUACCAUCUACAAGAUUAUUUCACGCAUCCUAUCAAGGAGGCUAAAGCUGCUCAUGGACCAAGCUAUUACGCCGAAUCAAUCGGCGUUCAUUCCGGGAAGAUCAAUCACGGAGAACAUUCUCUUAGCGACAGAACUGAUCUCCGAUUUCAGCCGGAGAGGAAGGCCAAAAAUGGGUAUUAUCAAAGCCGACAUAAGCAAGGCGUUUGACACUGUCCAGUGGGACUUUGUCUUGACAAUCCUACAAGCAAUGGAAAUCCCUCCAAGGUUUAUCUCAUGGAUUGGGGAAUGUAUCUCAACAGCUAUGUACUCUAUCUCUUUCAAUGGCGAGAUCACGGGCUUUUUCCAGGGGAAGAGGGGACUCCGUCAAGGAGACCCUCUCUCUCCCUAUCUCUUCGUACUCGUCAUGAAUGUGCUCUCAAAGUUUCUGGACACGGCGGCCACGGAGGGUAGACUUACCUUACCACCGCACUGUCGUACUCCACUGAUCUCUCAUUUAUGCUUUGCAGAUGAUGUUCUUGUUUUCUCGGAUAGCUCGAGCAGGUCACUAUCGACCAUUCUGCGAACGUUCGACGAGUUCUAUCGCCUAUCGGGCCUAAAGCUCAACAAGGUGAAGACAUGCCUCUUCCUUGACGGGGAUGAGUGUCACACCAAAGCUGACAUUGCUGAGAGCCUUGGUAUCUCCCUAUCUUCCUUGCCAGUUCGUUACUUGGGACUACCCUUAACUGCAACCAAACUCGGUGAGGCCGACUGCUCUCGGCUUAAGGAAGCAAUCAAAAGUCGCCUCUCUUCUUGGACUGUUCGUCAUCUCUCCUUUGCUGGUCGCCUACAAUUGAUCAAAUCUGUAAUUUACAGUGUCAUUACCUAUUGGGCCUCUGCUUUUAUUAUCCCUGGCAGAUGUGCCAAAGACAUUGAGCGUAUGUGCUCUGCCUUUCUUUGGAAAGGAGUUAUUGGGUCUGCGCGGGGAGCUAAGGUUUCAUGGUCCAGUAUAUGCCUUCCUAAGAAGCAUGGCGGGUUGGGGCUCAAAAAGAUAACCGACUGGAACCGGAUUUUAUGCCUGAAGAUGAUCUGGAAUCUCUUUGCUAAGGCUGGCUCACUUUGGGUGGCAUGGACUCAAGCUCAUCGCAUCAAAGGCCGACCUUUCUGGACUCUCAGGAGAAACGGCAAGGGGAGCUGGGCCUGGAGACGCUUGCUGAAGAUCAGACCGCUGGCGUAUCCGUUUCUGCGAUGUCAGGUCGGUAAUGGACGGAGCUGCAGCUUCUGGUUCGACUCAUGGCUCCCAUCCGGCCCGCUGAUCAAUGUUCUUUGUGAACUCGGUCCCCGGCAGCUGGGUAUACCAAGGAAUGCAACUGUAAAUCGAGCAGUUGACGGAGAAGGAUGGCUUCUUCCUCCUGCAAGGAGCCCGCAAGCUGUACAGAUCCAUUGCGAGCUACUGAACCACCCGGUGCCGCAUCCGGAUAACAAUGACGACGUCUUUUAUUGGGCAGACAAGCAUUGCUCCGACCGGCUUCCCAUUUUCUCCACUAGUAAGGCUUGGAAACUACAUCAGAUUUUACCGCCCCCUGUAACAUGGCAUAAAUCGGUAUGGUUUCCGAGAUCUAUACCUAAGCAUUCUUUCAUUGUUUGGUUGGCUGCAAAGAACCGUCUCCCUACUAAGGAUAGAUUACUUAGCUGGGGCUUGGAUGUUGCGGAUACUUGUGUUCUAUGUGAUAGCUCGGUGGAAUCAGUAGACCACCUGUUUUUUUGCUGCCAGUACACUCAUGUUGUUUGGUCUGCCAUCCUUGCACCGGCAGUCAUUCAACCCCCUUCCUUGAUGACUUUCGAAGACCAGUUGCAAUGGCUGUCUAGCUGGCCAGGUACCGGGCUUCUGAAACUCAUGGUUUCGCUCCUCUUUCAGAGACAAACUACGUUUAGUGUGGUUUCAAAGAGAGGACCAUAUGAAGCGGCCGAUAGAAAAGACAAUCUUUGUGUAGCCCUAGCCGCCGCUAAUCGUCUUUCCCCAAACCACCAGCCAGCCCACUGCUGGUUGGCUCCGCCGGUCAUACAGGAACCUUUUCCUGUCAUGGCAAGAAAUCGUCAGUCAAAACCUUCUUCACCCUCCCCACCGGAGAAAACCCCGGUGGGUACCCCCUCCGCAAAUCCAUCACCCCCUUUGGAGAUUCCUCCGUCGCUUCCACGGGAGGAACCCCAACCACCUUCGUCUUUCCUUCCCUCUGAUUUCCCCCCUCUCCCCACUGCCUCGGCUCGAGCUUCACCCCUGAUUGAAACCUCCUCGCCGAAGCCUCCUCCGCCUAAUGCAGCACAAGCUCCUCCGCCAGCUUCCCCUUCUGCUAGCUGUCAGGACUUGCAAUUCCCUUGGGCUCAACGUCUUCGCCAGUCCUCACGGAAUCUCUCACGUAUGGGCAAGCCAUCCAUCUCACCUGAAGGCAUUCCCCGAAUCAGAGUUCCAAGCUCUGUCUUUCAGGAGGCAUCGAAGGCUUGGGCCAGCUAUCUUGUGGGUCAAUUCUACGGUGUUGUUCCUAACUCGUCGAUCUGGGCAGGAAAUCUCGUGUCACCGUCCGGCGCACCAGUGACUCGGCGUGUCUCUUCUUCAUUCCUGAUCUUGCUACUCGGGAAUGGGCCCUAG